AUGAGGCCGAGAGCAGGGCAGGGCUCCUCGCGGGACGCCGGGGGUCUCGCCCUCCCUCUCACCCCACAGGUCAAACAAGCUCUGGGCCUAAAAGGCCUAUUUCUCAGAAAUCCAAAGCAGGCCUCCCUGGACAGUCAUGCUGCUGGUCAGCUCCACCGCAAACAUUCCUUUAGCAGCCACAUCUUGAGACGGACAGCAAGUGCACCCACCAAAAGCCAGAAGAAGAAGAAGGGCUUUCCUGAAAUUGUUUUUGACACAAAAGACAACAGCUCUGAAGGGGCCAGUGAAGACCACGAAGCAGAAGCUGCCUCACAGCCUUGCUUUGCGCAAGAGCCAGAAAGUGCUUCUCUGUCACCAGCUCCCAGGGAUGGUGCCAGUGGGGAGGUACAUGGCAAAGGGUUGAAAGGUAAGGCCCAUAGUUCUCAUAAAGCCAAAAGUCAGAGUUGUGCUCAAGGGGGUGCUGCUUUCAGUGAACCCAUACAGAGGUCUAACAGGGUCCGGCUCCGGGAGCACCAGAGUGAGAAGCAAAGUGUUUUUGCACGCUGCGCCAUCAACAGCUCUGGUAGGAUUGGAGUGGCCACCAACUGCAUGAAAUGCAUGAUUGGUUCCAAAGAAAGCCCAGAUCUAGAAAGCAAGUGGAGUGACCAACCUACCAGGCCUAUUGCUAAAGAUUUGCUUCACCAUGAUCAGUAUAACAGUAUAAGUGGAGAAGAGAGGUUAGAGCUUGAAAACUGGGGUGUUAAAGCUCAGUCCAGACCACAGUCAGAUUUGCAGUCUUGCAGUAGCACUGGAAAUGCUGAUGAUCUAACAAGGAGCACCCAGUCUUUUGUGACCUCAGGGAAGAAAAAUGUUGAAUCUAAAUGUCAUGGAAUAAAGGCUCAUUCCCGGCAGCGGUGGCAGUGCCAAUCAGGUGGCAAGUACGGAAGCACUAUCAACUUGGUUGCAGCCAGCAAUGGCUCUAUAUCCUCCAACUCCAGCAGUCUAGAAAGCCUUGGAAGCCCAGAAUUUCCCAAGCGCUGUUCUGAAACUUCUCGAAGGCAAGUGGGCACCCUACAGAGGGAAAUGAAUGCCUUAUUCGUUCAAAAAUUGGAGGAAAUUCGAAGUAAAUCCCCUAUAUUCUUUACUGUUAAGAACUGAAAGGACAAGCAAGUUAAAGGUAACUUCAAGUGAGUGUCACUGAUUCAAGCACCUUGUUGCCUGUACUUCUGUUUGCUUUUUUGUUUUGAAGCAUGUUUGCAUUGUGCUUUAGAGACAUGGGAAGUAUUGUUUUUGGCAUGAAUGCGUCAGUUCUUAGGUACAGAAUAGAAACAUUGCAGAUGGAGAGCUGGUUGUUUUUUUUUUUUUUCAGGUAGUAUAGUGGAUGUAAUGAUUCUUCAGGGUUGUAUUGUGAGCCUGCUAUUCAUAAAGCAUGCAUCUCUGUACUGUCUUGUGAAGAAGAAAUGGCAAACUCUUAGGAAAACAAAGUUACUUUUUAAAGCUUUUUUUUGUUUUGUUUUGUCUUUAAAAGGCACAUUCACUACAUUACAUAGAAUGUAUACAGAUUGUUUUACCUUGUAAACUGCUCCAGAAGUGCUAUGAUAUUUCUCUUCUUUGACUGAUUAUUAAGAUCACAUCUAUUGGUUACUGAAGGUGUUCUGAUUAUUAUACAUGAUCUGAUGUGCUGUCAUGUUUGAGUGCUGGAAAGAAGGAAAAGAGCAAUGCAGCUGGUGCUGAAUGGUGGAGGAAGAAGUUAGAUUCUAAUAGAGGAUCCAAAGACACAAAGAAAUGGAUGGAUACAGUUGUUCUUUGAUUAAGACAAUCAGAAAAAUUCAUGCAUGGACUGGGAUUUUUCAGAAGCAACUGCUUUUUUGGGCAACUCAAACAGAAAGAACCAAAAAUGUUGCUGCCUUUGCUAGGCAUUUGAAAUCUUCAGUUAUUUAAAAAAAAAAAAUCAUUAUUAAUAUAUGCAGUUCCUACCUUAAAAGCAAAAGGAUACCAUAUAAAGGAUAAAUCUGCAGUUUAAACUGGAGUUCAUAAUAGCUAAUUAACCCAAUAUCUGUUUUUCUUGUUUGUUUCUUUUUCUUCUUUCAUGUCU